AUGCGUAAAAGUAUUAAGAAUAAUGAUUUUAAAACCCCUUUUAAGUUUCCUCGAUCAAAUGUAGCCGAUAAAAAAGAACAAGCUUCUCAGGAAACUCUUUCUUAUAAGAGCGUCAAAUAUUCAGUUACAUAUCCUGCAAAACGCGCUAAAAUUGAUAUUUCGAAUAAAGAUAAAAAUAUUUCCAAUGUAGAAGAUUCAAACAAUGAAAAACUUCCUCACAAGAAAUUAAAAGUACUUAAAGAAAGGAAUACCAACGAUGUAUCACCUGAAAAUUCCAAUAAAUUUAAUUAUGUUAGGCCGACCUUUUCUUUUAGCCAAUCAUUAAAGAAAUUUUCGCCUGUAAAGCCCGCACAUGAUCCUAAAGCACAAAAUGCAAUUAUACUUUAUGAUCCUUUGGAUGAUCUAGAUAACUUGCAAGAAAAUAUUAAAGGGAAGGAUAAAUCCGUAGCAGAAAUUUUGGGAACUAAAAACCCGGAUAAUAUGAAAAUUCCUGUAAUCGUUGAUCCAAUCUUGGGACAAAAACUUCGCCCUCAUCAGAUCGAUGGUGUAAAGUUUCUUUAUAACUGUACAACUGGAAGAACUGUAGAAGGAGUUUACGGAUGUAUUAUGGCAGAUGAAAUGGGUCUUGGGAAAACUCUUCAGUGUAUCACACUUCUGUGGACGCUACUUAAACAAUCGCCUGAAUUUAACAAGAAAACAAUAGAAAAAUGUAUCAUUGUUUGUCCAUCAAGCCUUGUAACAAAUUGGGCUAAUGAGCUAGUUAAAUGGCUUGGUACUUUACGAAUAAAACCGUUAGUGAUCGAUAACAAGGGGGGUAAAGAAAACGUGUUGAAAGAAUUAAGGCAAUUUGCUAUUUCUCAGGGUCGAACAAUUAUUUAUCCUGUUUUGAUUGUUUCGUAUGAGACAUUACGUACAAACAUUGCAGAAUUAAAAGAUAGUAAAAUCGGCCUACUUUUAUGUGAUGAAGGACAUCGACUAAAAAAUUCAAAUUCGUUAACAUUUCAAGCUUUAAAUUCACUUCAAGUACAACGAAGAGUAAUUUUAUCUGGGACACCAAUUCAGAAUGACCUUUCAGAAUAUUUUUCACUUUUAAAUUUCGCCAAUCCUGGACUACUUGGUACACCCAACGAAUUUCGCAGAAAUUAUGAAAACCCUAUUCUUCGUGGUAGAGAUGCUGAUGCAACUGAGCAUGAACGAUCUAUUAGUGAUCAAAAAUUAGCUGAAUUAUGGAGCGUCGUGAGCAAAUUCAUUAUAAGACGAAGCAACGAUAUUUUAUCAAAAUAUUUGCCCAUAAAAUACGAACAUGUCGUAUUUUGCCGAUUAAGUGAAUUCCAAUUGUCUUUGUACGAAUUGUUCAUGACAUCUCCUGAAAUUCAACAUCUCUUGCGUGGUAUAGGUUCACAACCUCUUAAGGCUAUAACUAUCCUUAAAAAGUUGUGCAAUCAUCCCGAUUUGCUAGACCUUCCAAAGGAUCUUAAAAGGUCAGAAAAAUGUUUUCCACAAGGAUAUUCAAUAAAGGAAAAGGCUCGGAUAGUUAGACCAGAAUUUUCUGGUAAAAUGUUGGUUUUGGAUAGAAUGUUGGCAAAAAUUAAGAAUGAGACAAACGAUAAGAUUGUCCUGAUUUCAAACUAUACUCAAACACUGGAUCUAUUCGAAAAAUUAUGCCGGAUGAAAAAAUAUGAAUGUCUGCGGCUUGAUGGUUCUAUGUCGAUAAAAAAACGUCAGGAACUUGUAAAUCAGUUUAAUAAUCCAAAUAACCCAGAAUUUGUUUUUCUAUUAAGUAGUAAAGCGGGUGGAUGUGGUAUAAAUUUAAUUGGGGCAAAUCGUCUUGUAUUAUUUGAUCCUGACUGGAAUCCAGCUUCAGAUCAACAGGCACUGGCAAGAAUUUGGAGAGAUGGACAAAAGAAACAAUGCUUUAUAUAUCGAUUUAUUGCGACUGGAACGAUUGAGGAAAAAAUUUUUCAACGUCAAUCACACAAGCAAUCUCUCUCAUCAUGUGUUGUUGACGAGGAAGAAGGUGUAGAAAGACACUUUUCACUUGAAUCAUUAAGACGUCUGUUCCAAUUUGAUCCAGACACUAUAUGCGAUACUCAUAGUACUUUUAAGUGCAAAAGAUGUAUUGAAGGAGUUCAAGUUCUUCCAAGGCUUCCCAGUGAAAAAAUGGUCUAUGGAGACACGAGUUCAUGGGAUCAUUUUACUGGAGGAUCAGAUCUUCUCAAGAUUAAAGAUUCGAUUCUGAAGCUGGAAGUUAAUCAAGGAGUUGUUUCUUAUGUUUUUCAAUAUACUUCUCAUUAA